GCCCGCGCUCACGGCGCUCGGGAGGGGCGGCUGCCUGCCCUGUGGCACGGGGAACUGUCGACGCUUCCGAACCGACAGGGUCCCGAGCCCUCAGGGCCCGCCCUCGCCGCCCUGCCUGGCACGCAUGCCCCGGCCGUCGCUGAGGGCUCCUGGAGAGCAGGCAGCUCCUGCAGGGCUCUGGGCCUUUGGUCUGGUCCUGGCAGUGCCGGAGCUCUGCACUAGACAGAAUCGCGCGGGAGGUUCCCCAGCGUUCACAGUGUCAGCCUGUGCCAGUCAGAGGUUGCCUGCUCGGUGAACUGUGUGCAGCCGGCGAUGGAGUCCGCGAGAAACCCGGAGGGCCGAAGCAACUUCAGCAACAUCACUAGUGAGAACUCCAAGGAGCACCUGGAGUGGAUACAAGUGGCAGUUUUUGUUUCUUAUGAAAUUGUUUCUGGAAUGGAAACCAUGGAAUUAGAGUAGAACAUUUCUCAAGACCUGCAAUGGCUUUGGGCAGCACCAGGAGCUCCUGAAAGGAUUAUCUGAGAGUAUAUAAAAGUUUGGCAACAGAAGGAACUAUGAGAAACAACUGAUCAGAAAUACCAUUAGAGCAAUCUUUUGAAUUCUUCAGACAAUUGAUUCUUGGUGCAAAUUAAGUAAAAUCUAUACUGAAGAGAAAUAUGAAAAGUAUGUUGACAUCCUAAAGUAAACAGGAAAAAAAGUGAAAUGAUAGACUUUUUUUUUUUUUUAACUAUGGUUAAGUAUUUGUAAAACUUCAGAUUUAGCUCUGAGAAUUUCCAUGAUUCUGAAGCUUGAUAUCCCAAAUGUGGAACCUUUUCAAUGAAAAAGAAUAAUUGAGAAUACAUCUUAUAUACCCAAGAAAGAAGACCUGAGAGUGAAAAAGUGCUACAAACAAAUUGUUUACAUAUAAUCUUGGCAACAAAAUUCACACUCAGGUUAAAGCUGAGUUUGAGACUGCUAUAUUGAAUACAGUAAAGAUUGAAUUUCAUUCAGAUGUGCAACAGAACCUACUGAUUUUUCUUCACUUAGAAAUUCUAUAUAAAUGUCCCCAAGCUCUAGCUCUUCAGGUGUUCCAGUGUCAGGGUCCUUGAGGCUUGGGGUCUAUACAGGUAGAUGAACUGUUGCCCAGUGAAGGCUUCAUACAGAGCAACAUGAGCACAGUUUUCUGUUCCAGCAGUGAGGUAAAACCAGGUCAUUUUGGAAGAAGCCAUACUGCAUCUCUGCUAUACAAGAUAACCCUGUCAUUACCUUUGAGUUUUUCAUACUCCUUUCUCAAGCAUCAACUUUGUAUUACAGAUUUAAUCCACCUGGUUCUGUUCUUAUGAGCACAUGUCUCUCAAUGCCUCUACUCUUCAUUUUGUCCCUUUUCCUCUUAGAGAAUUAGAGAAUAUAUGCAGGUACCCCUAUCAGGGAGAGAAAACAAUGUGGUUCCAAAAACCUAUUUCCUGUGUCUUUGGUAGUGGCAAUUUUGAGAGUAUGUAAGACUGACACUUCAAUCAUGAGCCCUUAUUCCUUUCAGCCCAUUACCCUCCAAUACAAAUGCCGCAACCUUCCAGGACUCUCCACUAGCUUUUUGUUAUUUUAAAAUGUUUUUCCCAAUUCAGUAAACUAUUUCCCUUUUAUUUUUUUGGCUGUUUGAAAUCAAAAUCACUAUGAAUAAGAGAGGGAAAUAUACAACAUUGAAUUUGGAGGAAAAAAUGAAGGUUCUCAGCAGGAUUGAAGCUGGACGAUCUCUUAAAAAUGUAAUGGAUGAAUUUGGAAUCAGUAAGUCAACAUUUUAUGACAUUAAAAAGAAUAAGAAAUUGAUUUUGGAUUUUGUACUGAAACAGGACAUGCCAUUAGUAGGAGCUGAAAAGAGAAAGAGGACAACAGGAGCUAAAUAUAGUGAUGUAGAUGAUGCUGUAUACAUGUGGUACCAACAGAAACGCUCAGCUGGUGUCCCUGUUAGAGGCGUGGAGCUUCAGGCUGCUGCAGAGAGAUUUGCACAAUGUUUUGGACGAACAGACUUCAAAGCCAGCACUGGUUGGCUUUUUAGAUUUCGAAAUAGGCAUGCAAUUGGGAACCGAAAAGUAUGUGGAGAACAGAUUGUAAGUUCAGCUUCAGAAAAUGUUGAGCCAUUUAGACAAAAACUGUCCUUGAUAAUCAAAGAGGAGAAACUGCAUCUAGCUCAGGUAUACAGUGGGGAUGAGACUGACCUCUUUUGGAAGUCAAUGCCAGAAAACACUCAGGCAAGUAGAAAAGAUAUCUGCCUGCCAGGGAGGAAAAUAAACAAAGAACGGUUGUCUGCCCUUUUAUGUGCAAAUGCAGAUGGAACUCAUAAGUUAAAAUCAAUUAUUAUUGGCAAAUUAAAGCUGCCCAAAAGUGUGAGAGAGGACACAAGUUCAUUACCUGUGAUAUAUAAACCUAGUAAAGAUGCUUGGUUCACCAGGGAAUUGUUUUCAGAAUGGUUCUUUCAAAACUUUGUUCCUGAGGUUCGGCAUUUUCAAAUUAAUGUCCUAAGAUUCCAUGAAGAGGAUGUCAGGGCAUUGUUACUUCUGGACAGUUCCCCAGCUCACCCUUCUGCUGAAUCACUAACCAGUGAGGAUGGUCGAAUAAAAUGUAUGUUCUUUCCUCAUAACUCUUCAACUUUGAUCCAACCAAUGAAUCAGGGUGUGACCUUGAGCUGCAAACGACUUUAUAGAUGGAAGCAACUUGAAGAGAGUCUGGUAAUUUUUGAAGAAAGUGAAGAUGAGCAAGAUAAAGGGGAAAACGGGAUUUCCAAGAUUAAAAUCUAUAAUAUAAAAAAUGCAGUUUUUAACUGGGCAAGAAGUUGGGAUGAAGUAAAGCAAAUAACCAUAGUAAAUGCCUGGGAAAAUCUUCUUUACAAAAAGGAACCUGACUAUGCUCUCCAAGGCUUAGAAAGUAGAGAUUACAGAGAGAUUCUUGAAAAAUGUGGUGAGUUAAAAACUAAGGUAGAUGAUGAUAAGGUGUGGUUAAAUGGAGUUGAUGAAGAAAAGGGUUGUCCUCCAAAAACUAAAGGUAGAAUUACAAAGGGAGUUGCCCAAAGAGAAGGAAUUGAGAAGCAGGCUACUGAAUUUAAGUUAUCUGCUGUGAGAGAGAGUUUGGACUACCUUCUUGACUUUGUGGAUGCCACACCUGAAUUUCAAAGGUUUCAUUCCACACUGAAAGAGAUGCAACAAGAAGUAGUCAGGAAACAGUUCCAGAGUAGAAUCCAUUCAAGAAUUGGUAGUUUUUUGACACCUAGGCCUCAUAAUAUUAAGGAUACCUUUAAUAUGCCCUCAACUUCUGGUUCUAAUCAUUAAAUUUUUGUGUUUAAAGAUUUCUGCAGUUACAUGAUCAUGUUUGAUGUAAGCCUACUGUAAUUGUCAUUGUUUUUAUUAACUGACAUUAUUUUGCAUAUCAGUGUUCAUUUACAUAUUGGUUAUAAACUAUACAGUUUGAAAAUAAUAAACUUUCGUUUCUUUAAAUGUA